AUGGCAUUUAUCAAAAAUACAAUACUCAAACUCAAUCCAAUAUCAAAAGCGUCUGCUUUAACUACGCAAAAACGUUUCUAUUUAUUACUUCAUGAAUAUGUAUCCAUGGGAUUACUUGAAGAAGCAGGCAUUCGUGUGCCAAAAUUUCGUGUUGCUGAAACACCUGAACAAGCACAUCAAAUUGCCGCAAGUGAAGCAUUAGGAACUGAUCUUGUAAUUAAAGCUCAGGUUCUUGCUGGUGGCCGAGGUAAAGGUACAUUUGAUACUGGAUUGAAAGGUGGUGUUAAAAUGACUUAUUCGGCUGAUGAAGCAAAAGAUGUUGCUUCUAAAAUGCUUGGUCAUCGUUUAUAUACUAAGCAAACUGGACGUGAAGGAAAACUUGUUUCAAAAUUAAUUAUGUGUGAAAAAUUAUUUACUCGACGAGAAUAUUAUUUUGCAUUGGCAUUAGAACGAAAUUUUGGUGGUCCUGUUAUUAUAACAUCAACACAAGGUGGUACUAACAUUGAAGAAAUUGCUGCUGAAACUCCUGAUGCAAUUAUUCGCCAUCCAGUUGAUGUUCACAAAGGUCUUGAACGUAAAGAUGCAUUAGCAAUUGCUGAAAGACUUGAAUUUCGUGAUGAAGCUCUUGAAGACGCAGCAGAUACAAUCAUAAAACUUUAUAAUUUAUUCAUGAAAAAAGAUAUUGUUUUAUUAGAAAUUAAUCCAUUCACAGAAGCAGCUGAUGGAAAAAUAUAUUGUAUGGAUUGUAAGAUUAAUGUUGAUGAUAAUGCUGAAUUUCGACAACCUGCCUUAUUUGAGCAAAAAGAUAAUACACAAAGUGAUUGGCGUGAUGUUAAAGCACAAGAAUCAAAUUUAAAUUAUAUUGGUCUUGAUGGUGAAAUUGGAUGUCUUGUUAAUGGUGCUGGUUUAGCUAUGGCUACAAUGGAUAUUAUUAAAUUACAUGGAGGUAAUCCAGCUAAUUUUCUUGAUGUUGGUGGUGGUGCAUCUGCUGCACAAGUUAAAAAUGCAUUUGAAUUGAUAACAUCUGAUCCACGAGUUCAAGCCAUAUUUGUUAAUAUAUUUGGAGGUAUUAUGCGAUGUGAUAUCAUUGCACAAGGUAUUGUUACAGCUGCAAAAGAACUUAAAUUAACUAUCCCAAUUGUUGUAAGAUUACAAGGCACACGAGUUGAUGAUGCUAAAGCAAUUCUUGCUAAUAGUCAAUUUAAAAUUCUUGCUUGUGAUGAUCUCGAUGAUGGAGCUCGAUUGGCAGUCAGACUUGCUCAAAUAGUUAGUUUGGCUCGAUCAGCUUCAAUAGGUGUUCAAUUUGAAUUACCACUCUAA